UUUUAUGAAAAAAAACCAACAAAAAAAAUAAUUUACGACAGAUGAUCCGAGCGACUGAUGACUGAAGAAAGGAGAAAAAAAAAAAAAAAAAAAGGUAUGAAUACGAUGAUACUCCAUUCACCAUUCCCCUUCCGCAUCAAGGCUUCAAGAUCUUCAACACCAAUCAAGGCUUCAAGCUCUUCAACACCCAUCAAGGAUGUUGCAGUGGAGUCCAAGCCUUUGAGGAGGGGAGGGUUUUGCUCAUGUGGGAGAAGACAUUUUCUUGAAGGAGCUGCCGCAUCUUGUCUCCCAAUUCGUCCUUCCAAGGCCUCAGAAGCAUCACAGUCCGAUUAUGUGACUGUGCUGAACAGGGUUCACCCUCCAAGACCGGAUUGGUAUGAGGAGUUCUAUGCAUCAGUAAUAAAUUCAAGCAUGAAAGCUUACGAGGCAGAGAUUUCAGGUUACAAGUCUAAACUCUUUAAUAAUUUGGGGAAAGAUGCCAAGAAAGUGAUGGAGAUUGGCAUUGGCACUGGCCCUAAUCUCAGAUAUUAUGGCAGUGAUGCUGAUGUCCAGGUUUUUGGCAUCGAUCCAAACAAAAAGAUGGAAAAAUAUGCUAAAGAAGCAGCGAUGGCUGCUGGUCUACCGCUUGCAAAUUUCAAAUUUAUACAAGCAGUUGGAGAGGCUAUACCAUUAAGUGAUGCUUCUGUUGAUGCUGUUGUUGGAACCCUUGUAUUGUGCUCUGUAAAAGAUGUUGAUGCAACCCUGAGAGAGUUGAUGAGGGUACUUAAACCUGGUGGGAUUUAUCUAUUUGUGGAGCAUGUGGCUGCAAAAGAUGGAACAAUUCUCAGACUCAUACAAAGUGUUCUGGAUCCUUUACAACAGACUGUUUCUGAUGGAUGUCACCUCACCAGGGAAACAGGAAAGAAUAUAUUAAAAGCUGGGUUUUCAGGGGUUGAUUUAAGCAAUAUUUUCCUGUCUAAUGCAUCCAUUGUAAGCCCUCAUGUGUACGGAAUAGCUCAUAAAUGAUAUAUAAGUAAAUCGCGCAAACUUUAGCCAGCAGGCUCUUCAAGGCUGGAUGCAUCAAAUGAUUGUUCGCUACGGGGACACACUGAGACGUACUGAGCGUAUGCUGCGUGAAGUGUCUGCAAAAGCACCCGUGUAACCCUAGACAUAUCUAGAUUUUGGAACAUGCUUGAUACUUUUGUUCUUUUUAACUUUCUUAUCUGUACACUUCGUUGUACAUUAGGGGCUGAAAAAUACCCUCCGAUGCCGAUAAUUGCCUCUCUGUGGGCAGUCUGGACCAGAGAAAGUAUCAUUUAGUGUGAACUAUUGUGUAAUCAUACUUUCGAUGGACAAAGCAUAGGUUCCGGUGGGUUCAUUAUUGGUUUAUCAUGUAGGGGGCAGGUUCAAUGUAUUCGUGUUUUGGAUCGAUUUUUAAAAAGAAAAAAAGCUAAUACGAGUAAAUUGUUAUCUUA